UUUUCAUCCCAAUUUUUUUAACCAUCUUAAUUAAUAAAAAUAAUGCGACUAAGAUCGUUGUAUUUACAUUUUACACGAUAAUUACUUACAUAAUUGAACUUUAAACUCGACUUUUAACCUAAUUAUUAUAAAACAUAACCUCACUUAAUCACAAAUGACACGACGAGAUUCUUGCCGAAUUUUAAGCACAAUUUCGUCGUAAACAUAAAAGAUAUGAUUGUAAAAACGGGGUUGUUAAUAGUUUCGAACCCGAAACACAUCGGAAAAGUUCUAGCGACGAUAAAAACGCAUGUUAAUAACACUUUGUAUAUUCAACUCUUAUCGGCACUUCAAGAACCUUUUGGAAGUUUUCAACCGAAUAUUUACACGUCGUCCCCAAAGUUUAGUAAAACCAUAAACGGGAUAUACUCACAGGUAAUAAUCGAUUAUCAAAUUUAUCAAUUUAAUUUAAAUAAAUUUAAGGUUGCAUAUUUUUGUGAAGAAUUAGACGUCAGAGUUUUAUUAUCUGGGUUAAAAUAUAAUAAUUUAACGAGUAUAAACACCCAACGCCCGGUUGAUUUAGUUAUUUUCGAUAAACCGCACCAAAAAGAAGAUAUUGACGCAUUUAUUAAAAAGAAAAUAAAUAACAUAACCUCAAAAUGUGGGAUUUUAACGAUUGAUUCAGGCGAAUUUGAACCGGAAUCUGUUAACAAUGAAUCUUUGAAGAUUUAUAAACAUACGGUACUUGGAGGAACUUUCGACCGGCUCCACAUCGCUCAUAAAUUACUUUUAACUGAAGCAGCUUUAAGAACAAAUUCAAAAAUAACCGUUGGAGUAACUGAUGAUAAAAUGCUUGAAGGGAAAUUAUUAUCAGAAUUAGUAGAGCCUUUACAAAAACGGAUUGAAGUUGUAAAAGAUUUUUUGAUGGAUAUUAAUGGUGAAUUAGAAACGAAUGUUGUGCCAAUUUCUGACCCAAUGGGGCCAACAAAAAAUGAUAACACCAUGGAGUUAUUAAUUGUGAGUGAGGAAACAAUGAAAGGGGGGAAGAAAGUUAAUGAAGUAAGAGUAUCAAAUAAAUUAAAACCCCUCGACGUUUUUUGCGUUAAAUUAAUCGACGAACCACAUCCAUCGAAAAACGAAGAAACCAAAAUUAGUUCUAGCACGUCUCGAAUGAGAAUUUUAGGGACUUUAUUAAAACCGGUCGAAAAUAAAAUGAUUUAUCCCAAAGGUCCUUAUGUUAUAGGAUUAACCGGAGGAAUCGCAAGCGGAAAAUCGGGCGUUUCAAAUUAUUUACAAACAUUAGGCGCAAUGACGAUUAAUUGCGACUUAUUGGCUCAUUCUUUAUACAAACCGGGAGAACUUUGCUAUCAAAAAUUAAUCGAGACCUUUGGUAAAUCAAUUUUAACAGAGACAGGCGAAAUAAAUCGAAAAAUUUUAGGUGGAAUCGUCUUCUCAAACAAGUCGGAAUUAAAUAAAUUAAAUUCGAUAUUAUGGCCGGCGAUCAAAGCGGAAGUGAUUAAAAAGAUUCAAACGUCGAAUAGUCGAGUUGUUGUUGUUGAAGCUGCUGUGUUGUUGGCGGCUGGAUGGACGGAUUGUUGCGAUGAGAUUUGGACGACUAUUGUUCCAAAAGAUGAAGCGAUAAAAAGGUUGCAAUCUCGUAAUAAUUUAUCAGUUGAUGAGGCAAAAAGUCGAUUGGAUGCCCAAAUGUCGAAUCGAGAUUAUGUAAAAGCGAGUCAUGUGGUGUUUUGUACGUUAUGGGAGGUUGAGUAUACAAGGCAACAGGUUGAUAAAGCUUGGGGGUUGUUGAUGGGGAGGAUGGAUAGUGCUAAAUUAAGAGAAAAACUUUAAGAAUUAAGUUUUAAUGAUAAAGGGUUAUAUUUUUGAUUAAAAACGUUUUUAUUCGGUAA